CUUUUAUUUAUUGUAUAAAAGCAAAUAAAUAACACAAUAUUUGUUUGAAGAAGUGUAAAUAAUAACAUUAAUAGAAUUAAUAUAUAGUAAAUGUUAUUCUCGAAACAGAAGAAGUGCGAGAGAGUAAAAAAUCACGGAAAUUAAGAAAUUAAAAAAUGGAUUACUGUAUUUCUUUGUAUCCAGAUUAUGGAGAUUUACCAAUGGAGAUUAUUUUGCACAUAUUUCGUUAUCUUAACUACACAGACCGUCAAAUGGCUGGUUGUACCUGCAAACGUUGGCGUGAAGCAUUAUUUGAACCGGAAUUCAACAAAAAGCUGUUGGUGCGUUUCAGUAAAUUAGGUUUCUCUGAUCUGCACCCACCUGCCAAAAUCUUUCUAAACUGUUACCGACCAUUUCAAAACUAUUACUUUGAAGAAGUCACUUUCGAACAUGUCCAAGAAAUCAUGGCACACAUUGGUCAGACAGCGUUAAGUCUCACUUUUGAUAAUGUAGACAUGAGCGAUAAGCAAUUCUAUGCAAUAAUGCAAAACUUCACUAAAUUGCAGGAACUGUCCAUUACGAGUUGCUCGCAUCUUUUUAUGUCAGGUUCCUUUCUGGAACGUGUUAAUGACUGUACAAGGGAAAAUACUACAUUAUCAAGUAUAAAGCAUUUAUCUCUGCGACACAAUCAGUAUUUGUCAGAUGCAAUAUUAAUGCGUUUAACGUCGUUAUUAAAGUGCAUUGAGUCUCUUGAUAUUUCCGACUGUCAUAUAUCUUAUCACAAUUCUAUACAAAGACGUUUUUAUCCAAAUGAUAGCAAUAUUGCACCUAAUGAAUCUAUACUGACAUUCAAAUUUGUGUUGCUGGUAUUAAGUCUGCAUCAAGCACAUAUACAUAAACUGAAUCUAAGUCACAGUAGUGUGACUGGUCAAGCUCUGCUUGCACUUUCUGAUUUAAAAGAAUUGCAAUUAAAGCAUUUAUAUUUGGCCUAUUGUCGGCAGUUAAAUGUUCAGUACUUAACUACGUUCAUGCAAACACAGCCAAAACUCACAGUGCUAGACCUUUCUGAAACCAUGUGCGUUACUAGUGACUCAAUUAAAGUUAUAGUUUAUUCAAAUCCAAUGCUAGAGAAAGUUAUAUUUUCUGGAUGCAUGAAUCUAACAAACGAUGGAGCAGUUUUGCUUGUCAAUUUAAAGUAUUUACAGUGCUUGGAUAUAUCACGCUGCCAAGGGAUCACAAGUGAAGGAAUAACUCUCGGCAUUGCUCAAAGCUGCAAUGAGGUCUUGCGUGAAUUACGAAUGGGUUAUCUUAAAGUUUGUGAAGAGUGCAUCAAAUGCAUUGCUCAGAAUAUUCCCAAUCUUACAGUUUUGAUAUUAGACAAUUGUGUUAAUGGUGUUACAGAUGAAUCUUUACAAUGCAUUAUAAAGCACUUAAAAUGGUUGACAAAUUUAUCUCUAGAAGAGUGUUUCCGGAUUACUGAUACUGCAGUUACCGGCAUAAACAUAUCCAAAGUAGAAUUACAAGCAACAAAUCCCAGCAUGUUAGAAAAUUUUCAUCCACCACCUAGAACAAAUUUGGUUGUUCAAGAUGAAUUUUUGAAAUCAAACCAUUCAAUAAAAAUUUCACUACGAAGCAAAGCUGAGGAAGAAAUUAUACUAGAUGCUAACCGAAAGAAAGCUAUGUUUGCUGCUUAUGAACUGAACUUAAUAGAAGACUUGAAUAUUGAGGGUCACAGCAUACAAAAUCUCAAAGGUCUUCGUUCACUGAACUUGAGUGGUUGCACAAAAAUAACUGACGUUUCAUUGAAGUAUGGAUUGAAAUUACUCGAGCUCCAAUGUCUGAUACUAUCUAAUUGCCAACAGAUUUCAAUCGUUGGCAUGGAAGCAUUAGUGUUAAAUUGUCCAUCCAUACAGGAAUUGAAUCUGUCUAACUGUUAUUGCAUUAACGAUAAAUCUUUGCAAGUUAUAACUACUAAACUAACACGUUUGCGUUCACUUAAUAUUAGUGGCUGCAGCCAACUUACCGAUCAUAGUUUAGAUGCAAUACUGAUAAACUGCAAAUGCUUACAUACAUUAUCUGUUCAUCGUUGCCGCCUUAUGUACACUGAUAUUGAGGAACGUCUAUCCACGCUAUCAACUUUACGGAAUCUUAACAUGGAUAACAACAAUAGCAUAGACAAUGCCGAGAUUUUCCGAUUGAAGAAACGCCUCGAUUACUGAUAUUUUGCUGCAAUUUUCAUUGUUUUUAUUUUAUACUAUUUUCAAUUGUACAAUUUCCGUUAGCAGAAUUUUACUGGUAAACUUAUUUGUUCACUUACUUAUGCGAUAUUAAUAUUAAUAUUUAAUUAAUUUGUUGCAAUAUGUAACAUAACAAUAUAUGGUAUAUUGUUAAUACAACUCAUUCAAAUACUUAUAUUUUUGAAGUUGUACUCAAAUUUUUCAUGCACGAGUUUUGCAAUAA